AUAUCUUUUGAUGUCUUGUUUUUGUAGUGUUCUGAACAGGGGUGUGGUUAGUAAAAUAGGUAGGGUGCUGGUAGCAAUAUCUCGAAAGUUUAGCAUAUCUUAAGUCGUGCAUUAUUCACUUCUUCUCUGUAUUGAGGUGUGGCAAGGCAACGAAGCAGACAUGGCAGCUCUUCGGAUGAUAGAUAUAGCUGUUAACUUCACAGAUGGAAUGUUUAAGGGAAUCUACAAUGGAAAGCAAUGUCACGUCGCAGAUAUACCAACUGUUUUGAACAGGGCUUGGGCUGCUGGCGUUCACCGAAUCAUUGUAACUGGUGGAUCACUUGAAGAAUCAAGGGAAGCUCUUGCAAUUGCUGAAACAGAUGGAAGACUUUUCUGCACUGUUGGUGUGCAUCCAACACGUUGCAAGGAAUUUGAGGAGAGUGGAGAUCCAGAACAGCAUUUUCAGGAUCUUUUGUCAUUGGCUCAAGAGGGAAUUCAGAAAGGGAAGGUGGUUGCGGUUGGAGAAUGUGGAUUAGACUAUGACCGGCUUCAUUUUUGCCCAGCGGAGAUUCAAAAGAAGUAUUUUGAGAAGCAGUUUGAAUUGGCAUACAUCACAAAAUUGCCUAUGUUUUUGCACAUGCGAGCAGCAGCUGCAGAUUUCUGUGAAUUAGUUGAGAAAAAUAAGGACAGGUUCUCUGCUGGAGUCACCCAUUCAUUUACUGGUAGUAUGGAUGAUUGCACUAAGCUUCUCUCUUUUGAUAAAAUGUACAUUGGUAUAAAUGGGUGCUCUCUGAAGACAACUGAGAACCUUGAUGUUGUCAAGGGUAUUCCUGUUGAGAGAAUGAUGAUUGAGACAGACUCGCCAUACUGUGAAAUCAAGAAUACUCAUGCCGGAGUUGGUUUUGUUAACUCUAAAUGGCCUUCUAAGAAGAAAGAGAAGUAUGAUCAAGAGAACAUUGUCAAAGGCCGCAAUGAACCUUGUUUAGUUAGGCAAGUUCUUGAGGUGGUUGCUGGCUGUAAAGGAAUCAAUGACAUGGGUAACCUAAGUAGAACAUUGUACAACAACACUUGCAGGGUGUUUUUCCCGCAUGACUUGGAUUCUGCAGCUGAUUCUCUUCUAGCUGGCAAUAAUUCUUCAUAAACAGAUUACAGACAUGUUGAUGACUUGGCUCUACUCUUUGCAUUUAUUCAAAGCUGUUCAGUUGCUUCGUUCCCCAUUUUCUUGGCAGAGCUUAGCAGUGUCCUUGAAGUGAAACUGAAAUUGUUUGUACUGCGAUAUAUCAAGAAGUGGUUUUUGGCAGUCUGGCGAGUAUGUGAGUGAUAGAUUGUUGUAUUAACAUAUAAUUUAAAAAACUACAUGAUACUAAAGAAGCCAAAAGGUUCCAUAGGCAGUUACGAUUUUGCAUACCAUGCCAUGCCUUGGAAAAUUGUACCUUUUUUUCCUUCAUUUUUUUGAAUUAAUCUGCAUGAGUUCUAGCCCAGUGUAAUUUUAAUGCCUAUGUUACUUUUUGUCUAAGAUCGUUCUUUGUUUGAAAAUGUUGUUCAAUUAUCGCAGUGUGUUGUAGAACCCAUUUGUUGAUGAUAAUGAAUAUUCAUAGACAUUGAUCUAUUGUGGUGA